CCUGAGUGUAGAAUGAGCCAAGGAGACUCAAAUCCAGCAGCUAUUCCACAUGCAGCAGAAGAUAUUCAAGGAGAUGACAGGUGGAUGUCUCAGCACAACAGAUUUGUCCUGGACUGUAAAGACAAAGAGCCUGAUGUACUAUUUGUGGGGGACUCAAUGGUGCAGUUAAUGCAACAAUAUGAGAUUUGGCGAGAGCUCUUUUCUCCACUUCAUGCUCUGAAUUUUGGAAUUGGGGGAGAUACAACAAGACAUGUUUUGUGGAGACUAAAGAAUGGAGAACUGGAAAAUAUUAAACCUAAGGUUAUUGUUGUCUGGGUAGGAACGAACAACCAUGAAAAUACGGCAGAGGAAGUUGCAGGUGGAAUUGAGGCCAUUGUACAACUUAUCAACACAAGGCAGCCACAGGCCAAAAUCAUUGUAUUGGGUUUGUUACCUCGAGGUGAGAAGCCCAACCCCUUGAGGCAAAAGAAUGCCAAGGUGAACCAACUCCUGAAGGUUUCCUUGCCGAAGCUUGCCAAUGUUCAGCUCCUGGAUACAGAUGGGGGCUUUGUGCACUCGGACGGUGCCAUCUCCUGCCACGACAUGUUUGAUUUUCUGCAUCUCACAGGAGGGGGCUAUGCAAAGAUCUGCAAACCGCUUCAUGAACUGAUCAUGCAGUUGUUGGAGGAAACACCUGAAGAGAAACAAACCACCAUUGCCUGACUGGCUCCAUCAGUGUUAAUAGCGUCCUGGCUUCCUCAGAUCAGUUGUAUCACUGGCACUACAGAAUCCUUCUCUUAAGGCACUUUGCAUUGUAGAAUGUUCCUGGAUGUUCAUAUCUAGUGUUUGAAGGGGAGGAGGGAUUUAAACUGGUCCUGUACAUAGAAGGUUGGUUUGACUCGGGAGAAAAAUUAGCCAAGGAAGAUUUUCGUUUAAAUUCAUUUCUAACCAGAGGGGGACUUUUUAGUUAUAUGUGUGACACAGUCAUUGAAUUAUCACUGUUUUUCCUAAGACAACAUCAGGCCUAAGGACUGAACAAAAUGAAGAUUCUUUUCUUGGCCCUUCUUUCUGUGGAUUAUGUCAUAUAUAAUAAUCAGAAUCACACCUCUUGGCUUUAAAAUAUGUUUUUCCAGUUUUCAGGUUCAUAAUUUAGCCUUUUUUUAUUUUGCUUUACUCAUAUAUAUUUGAAUGUUUUCUUAACAUACAGCAUUGAAUUGAAUAUGCAUUGUCAUUGAAAUAUGGGAGAUGCUAUAGUUUCAAGUGAAUUUAUUGCACUCUCUUAACCUUUCCCAUGUUUACCAGAGAAAAAUAGGUUUUGUCUCAUUUGGGGGACUCUUUGGAGGUAUUGUUUUUAUGCUGCUGAAUAUCAUGUCUAUAAUAGACCCUUGCAUGCAGCCUUUCCUCCCUAUUCCCCCUCACACCUCCUUUUCUCCUUUUUUAUUUUUGGGCCUUGUUGACAUUAUUAGCUUUUAAAACACAGUUUUGACCUUAUGAGCUCUGUUGUUGGAAGCAUUAAGUCCCCAGCCAAUUACUCUUACGGUAGUACUGAUGUGUAAUUCCUUCUUGUGUGGUUUUCUGUGCUAUAGAGUCUGUGUAAUGCUAGCCAUACUCAGAAUUUCAGUUCAUUUGUUUAUUUUUCCCCUAAAAAUGUUACAAUUUGUUUUUUUGGGGGGAAGGGUGGGGGGAUCAACCCAGAACUCUCUUUCUCAUUCCAUAGCCCUGACAUUUCAUGUUUCAUAGACUCUUAAGGUGUAUAUUUUAUUUUUUUUUUAUUGGCUUAGUGUCUAAAUUAUAUCAGUUCAGAAGAGUUUGGCCAUUUUUCACGGGGAAACAAGUGUGAAGCUGCUCUUCAGAAUAGACAUUCUCUCUUUAUCCCACCAUUUUUGUAAAAAAGAACUAGGUAUGUUUAACUUUCAGGGUUUCUCCACAAUGUAUCUUCAUCUGAGAAUUUCUUUCACGAGAGCGCUUUAUAAUUAUUAAUGGUUUGCUUGAGCUACAAAAACUACCAUUUAAAAAAUAAUAGGUCAAGAGGUGGUUUGUUGUUUGGUAUACCUAAGGAAUAUGUUCAAACUGGAUCUACAAACAAAUAUUUUAAACUGGACCAGGUGGGUAUUGAAGUAACCCAUAAAAAUAUGCUCUGUUGUGAUUCUUCUUACAAUUCUUCUUACAAGUUCAGAAAUUAAGACGUACAUUUUAUGUUGUGCUUGCAAGACAAACAGCAGUGCUUUGUGUGUUGGAGGAGGCUUGCUGACUUGUGCUAAGAGCCAACUUCUAUUUGAGAAGACUAGAAUUUGGGCUGAUUUUUUUUCUUGUUAGGCCUCUUAAUAGGAAUUUUUGGGGUUUUUUCUUUUUUUAAAAUACAUUUGUGAAUGUAUCAUGUCUUCAUUAACAACAGAAAGUGCACAUGGUGUUUAACUAAACUUGUUUACUGUAUUAAAAUUUCUUUUUUAUUUUCAGUAGCCCAGGUUCUUAAGUUUUUCAAAACAGAUUUUUUUCUUAGUUGAGGUAUCAGAAGGAGAAUUAAUUAAGCCAGAAUUUUGUGUGUAAAAAGACAGUUUCCUAUCCCGAUGUUAUACUGUUCCUCAGGGGGUGGGAGUAUGUUCCAAACAAACCCCCAUUAGAUUAUUCCUGAGCAUGCGCUUUUAACUACUCUCUUGACUGAGGAUCAGAUACCCUGUGUGAGCUGGCCUUUAGCUCCGUUGCUUAUGUGUAUAAACCUCAGAUGUUACUACAUUUUAUAUCUACCAGAGCUAUUCAAGCAAUAGUAUUCGAACCAGUAGCCUUUUAAAUAAAGUCUGCCCUACUACUAAUGUGCAGGUAUUGAGUCCACUUUCAUUUCUUACCCAGUUUCUUUGCACUGCUUUAGGCAAAAGGUGUUUAUCUGUUUUGCUUUGAUUGAGAUCCCAGUUUGCUACAAUGACAGAAUUUGCUUAAUAUUUGGAUUUCUGUCUUUGUACUAUACACACACACACACACGUGUGUGUGUGUAUAAUUUAAUGUACUGUCCAAGUGAAAUCUAGUUGUCAUUGUGAUUAAGGGGCCAACUUUCCAGGCAGCUAGCCAGAUAUUGUUCUGUCCUCUCCCAGGAUAUUUUCAUUCCAGUCCUGCUACACUAGAUGGCAACUGGCAAUGCUACAAUGUGGCAGAUCGAAGAUGUAUUGUUGAUGAUCUAAGGCUUUUUUUGUUUUUGUUUGGGUUUUUUUGCCCACUUGUUCUAGACUACCACAAGUAGUACUCUGGCAACCACCUUGAGUCUGUUUGGACUGUUGAGGGCACCUGUCUAAACCUGAACACUAAACAAUUCCAAAAACCCUAAAUCUUGAGUAGCUCAUGCCCACCCCACAAGAAUUGUCUCUCGUUAAGAAAUUUCCAGCUUUCUUUAUUUUUUUAACCUAGUCACUGUUUACAGUUGUAUGCUAAAGCCUGAAAUACUGUGCUGUGGUGUAUGAGCAUUGCCAAUUUUAUAUUUAUUGCAGUGAAAAAGAAACUGAAAAUAUAUGAAAAGGGAGCAUGUCCAUGCUCCGAAUCUGUGUGGGUGCAUGUGGGAGAAGUGAGUUGGGGGUCUCUUGAGAGGAGGCUUUUUGGAGUGGGAUCUCCCAGGCUUCUCCUUGCUGUUCCUGCUUGGGGAUCACUGCUGCUAGCUGACUGGACCUCCCCAACGGAAGUUUGUGAUUCUGCUUUGGCAACGUUUCCUUGACUAGUAGAACUCAUUCUGUUUUAGUGCAUAUUUCAAUAUAAAUGUGAACAUUUCACUCAAAAUUGCUUAUGUCUUUCUGUCUCUUUUAUCAUAGUUUGAAUUCCAGUGGUGAAAAGAAGGGAUUUUUCUCCUUAUUACAAACAAUUGAAUACUUUGAUCAACUGCUGCUUUUCUGUGGAACUGCAUGUACCAAGCUGGCCCCUCUUCAUUUAGUUCCUCAGGGUAGGAUGGGAUGAACAGAUGAAAAAGAACCUUAAGUAGAUAAGUAGAAAAGUUGUCAAUGGAAAUUUUUCAGGUUAAGAGUAUCUGGCAGUUAAAAACAUCCCAAUAA